CAUAUACACAAAAUGAAGUGGUCGGGUGGUAAACCAAAUUUUUUUUUAUUUUAUCAACGAAUUUAAACAAUAUUGUAAUAUGGUAUAUAAAUGUAAAACAAAAAAAGCUCUCAGGACUUCUGAUGUUAUCUGCAAAUUUGAAGUGGACAAGUAAACUGUACCAUCUUCAUUAUUUUAUUUAUUUAUUUUAUGUUUUUUCUUCCUCUGGCUAAUUUUUAUUUUACUUGUAAUCAUGUGUACUGAUGGCAUUUGUAUGCAAAGUUGUAUUUCUCUUGUGGUUAUAUAUUUUCAUAUGCAAUAAAAAAAUAAACUCAAAUGAAACUGAAGGGAAUUAAAAACAAAGCUUUCUGGAAUGAAAAAAAAAGUAAAAAACAAACAAACAAAAAAAAAAAAUUCUAACCAGCAUGCACUUCUUCAAGUCAGCCGCCGAUACGCACUACCGGCACAUCCGUACACAGCCGACAGACGUGAAUAACUUAAGAAAUCACUAGGAUUAAUCAUGUCAAGUAAUUAUGUCCACCCUGCCUGCCAUAGAGCGUGAAAGAUACAUCCACAAACUUAAUUUGGUCAAUUUAAAAACUCAUUCUCCCAGCGUCAAAUUGGUGUAACAACCCCACCCAAUGGCCAGAGGUGUCUUACCGGACAUUUACUCGUACCUAAUCUAAUCACCAGCAGAAUCAGCACUGUCAAUCACCCAGUGUGUGAUCAUGCCGUACACCAAGAUCACCUGUUACUGGGAUACAACUGACCACCACCUGAACAUCAGCAGCUACAUGCUUCAGAUUAACAAGACCUCUUGUGAAAGUAAACACCGCAUCAUCCCGGUGGGUUUCUGUAAUGCCACAGGCUCUGACUGCUCUGUUCAGACCAUUGAUUCAGUGUUACACUGUUUCUGUGCGGUUGUGCUCGCGUCCACACGCACCGGAUCCAUACGCUCACAACCUUACUUCUUCAGUGGGGUCAAUGCAGUGCAACUUCGUCCUCCACAGAUAACAAAUCUCGGGCCAUCAGAGAGAAGGUCCGGGUGUUUGCAGGUGACCUGGAGAAUGGUUGAGAGCUUUCCCAAGAAUGAAAAAGACUACAUACUGCUCCAAAUAGAGUACACAACACACAACCAGACCCGAUCCCAGACUAUACAAGCGUUUCCUGAGGAGACGUUGGAGCUUUGUGACUUACACCCAGGAUCCAAGUAUACAGUGAGACUGAGAGUUCAGGACAGUCGAGCGGCCGCUCACUGGAGCUCAUGGACAUCUGUAGACACAACCACAGCAGAGAAAGCUCCGUCUGCGGCUCCUCAGCUCUGGAGACUCAUCCAACCUGCAGAAGAAGCUGGAAGGAGAAGCCUCACUCUGCUCUGGAAGCCUGUUUCCUGGCCUGAGGCCAAUGGUGUUGUGCUCAGUUACUCGGCGACCUGUCGCAGUGAUCUGGAUUCAUCGCAGUGGACCUGUGGCUCUAUAGAUGCAUCCAGAUACUCCUGCAUCCUCACCGUCUCUGAUGAUCCCUGUCACUGCAGCCUGACGGCGACAAACUCUGCCGGAACAUCAUCUCCAGCUCACAUCUACAUACCUGCACAUACGCAUGCAGAAGAACUCCCACCCCCUCAGGCUAUCAGCGUCACCCCAUUGGACAACACUCGGAUGACGGUGGAAUGGACAGCUGCACUGAACCAAUCAGAGAGCGGCUUUGUGGUGCAGUGGACUUCUCUGCCUUACAGUGAAGCAACUAGUCUGCACUGGGAACAUAUAAAUGAAACUGCAAGAAGCUUUACUGUCACGGGUCUUCUGCCAGAAGUCCCAUAUAAUUUGUUGGUUGUGAGUCUGUAUGGGCGACAGGCAGGAAGUGACAUGUCAUUCAUUGCUUUCACACGGGAAGGAGCGCCCUCUGUCGGCCCAAAUAUGACAGUGCUGAAGACGAGCAGCAGCGGUGUUGUUCUGAAAUGGGAUCCUGUUCCUUUAGAGAAACUUCACGGCUUCAUCCAGAACUACACCGUACUGUACAGCAUAAAUGGCAAAGACAAAAGUGUGAAGGUAGACGCUCAUGUUGAACAGAUAUCUCUCAGUGGACUGGCGGAAGGAACCUAUAACAUCUGUGUAAUGGCUCAUACUGCAGUAGGGGGUGCCGCUGGGCCCUGUCAGAUGGUGGUUGUGGGGCUUGAGGAUGUACAAGUAAUUCCCAUACUGCUGUGUGCGCUUCUGCUGUGUUUUCUGAUUCUAAUCAUCCCAGUAUGCAUGAGGGUGAGGAUUAAACAGUGUCUGUGUCCGACUGUACCAGACCCUUCAAAAAGCAGCCUGUCGUUCUGGUCUAACACUAAACCGUGUCAGCAUAAGCUACCAUCCUUGUCCACCAUGAACACUAUCAUCUCUAUGGGUCAAACUACAAUCUAUCAGGAUUAUGGUGAGAAAGACUAUGUCCCUGUCCAGGUGUUCACCUACCACACUGUUCCACAAGACAGCAAUGAGACUGAAACCAAGACCUGCAGCAGCACUUCUGCUGUAACACACCAGGACUCCAAACGCACACCAGCUCAAGUGUUCCCCACACAUUUCCUCAACCAGAGCUACAACAAACCAGAACAAGUCACUCCUGCUGGAUAUAAAGAAGACCCACAGCCCUCAUCUGACGAUCUCUUGUUUGAAUCACUCUUCACCUACAAAAGUAAUCAAGCAGAUUUAUGCGGCUACAUCCACGUGUCCCAGAGCUACGCGCCAUUCAUUCCAACCGAAGAUGCGUACAGGACUCUUGACCUGAAUGAGUGUCCACAUUUCCUACAGGUUUUACCUGAGGACACCAGCACGUAGUUCACUGGAGCAUAAACAAGAAGUCUUGCAAGACUGGGGUUUCACAAUCCCACUCUCUCCAGCCCACCAUCUCUGUGUGCUUUCUGACUGACAGAUAUACAGUAUUGUUCAAAAUAAUAGCAGUACAAU